AUGUCGAGUGUAAGAACUAGAAGACAGGCGGCUGCUACAUCUACACCUUCCACUCCUACACCAGCGCCGAGGGACGAGCAGGUCAUCAUGAACGGGAAUGGGUCAGCUCACGCGUCAGCAAAGAAGGAGUACCCUGAUGAGAAUGUAUUCCUCUUCUGGCCAAACGUAAUCGGCUACGUACGAAUUGUCCUGGCCUUUGCGUCAUUGUACUAUAUGCCCCUUCACCCUCGAACCUGCACCCUUCUCUACAGCAUCUCCUGCCUCCUCGACGCUCUUGAUGGAUAUGCCGCGCGUUACUUCGAACAAUCCACAAGGUUCGGAGCUGUGCUGGACAUGGUGACUGAUCGCUGCACAACUGCGUGUCUGCUGGUCUUCCUUUCGUCAGCCUGGCCUCGUUGGGCUCUCCUAUUCCAAGGUCUGAUCUCAUUGGAUCUUGCAAGUCACUACAUCCAUAUGUAUGCGACUCUGACCAUGGGAGGAUCUGAUACCAGUCACAAGAAAGUCGAUAAGAGCAGGAGCUUUAUCUUGAACUUGUAUUAUACCAACAAGACCGUUCUGUUCCUCUUCUGCAUGUUCAAUGAGGUCUUCUUCAUCGCCCUUUACCUCCUGUCCUUCUCCUCACCCCUCCUUUCGCCAUCCCUCCUUCAAGUCACAGAUAAUGGUACCGGAGCUGCCUCUUCUCUCCAACCUGGCAAUCCCUCCAACCCCUCAGCAUCUUUCCUCUUUGCCAAUCCCAACAGUGCUGGCGCAUUGGAAUUGAUGCGGGCGAACAAGAUGGACUCGUUCUGGCCAUGGGUCAUUGCUGGUGUCAGCUUCCCAAUAAUGUUCGGCAAGCAAGUCAUCAAUGUCGUGCAAUUAGUCAAAGCCUCAAACUGGUUGGCAGAGGGCGAUGUGGAAAUGAGAAAAGCCGCCGGACUACCAAGAAAGAAGAAGGAGAAUUAG